AUGUCACCCAAGCAGGUUGUAGGUGAGAAGAGGAAUCUCACAGGUACAACAACUAUACUGAAAAGACCCGAGUGGCUCAUAAGUACCAUGAAGCUUGGGAUCGUGUGUGGGAACCACCACACCACAAACUUCGAUGAGACCACCGUCAUCCCGGCGGAAUCGAGGGAGUGCGAGGAGCUUGGAUCAGAUGGCGACUGCGCGGCACACAGCCCUCUCACCGGCAAAUCUAAGCCAUACAUGCGCAGACCCAAACCACCCUUCUCGUACAUCGCCCUCAUCGCGAUGGCCAUCCGGGACUCGCCAUGCGGACGCCUUACUUUGGCAGAAAUCAACGAGUAUCUCAUGAACAAGUUCCCUUUUUUCCGCGGCAGCUACACUGGCUGGAGGAACUCUGUGCGCCACAACUUGUCGCUCAACGACUGCUUCCACAAAGUACUUCGGGACCCUUCCCGUCCGUGGGGGAAGGACAACUUCUGGAUGCUCAAUCCGCACAGCGAGUACACGUUCGCGGACGGGGUGUUCAGGCGUCGGCGAAAGCGCAUCAGCAUCCGGCCCAGCAAACAGCAGGAGCGGGAGAUAGAGGACGAGGAGGAGAGAAGCUCCGAAGACGCGCCGCCGAAAAAGUUCUCAAGUUCCUUCACUAUAGACAGCAUCCUCAGCAAGCCAUUCAGACGGGACUCCGAUCUCGUGGAUCACUAUGGGGUCGUAAUGACGCCGUAUCUAACUCCACCUGCCUCUUCGCUGUAUGUUCACCCGAGCAGCCUCAUCAAAUUUGGAGAUGCGCAUGCGCACAACUGCGGACUUCUCUUACCAACUUUGUGA